AUGCCUGACGCCCUCUGGCUCUCCUCUGCGUACAACAUUAUGUCCUCCCCCGAGCGGAUCUGCGUCUCCAGCGGCGCAUCGGGCAAUCUCGUCAGUAUCCUCCAAAAGUUCACGGAGCCCAGGGCGUCUGCGCGGUGUCGUGUCCCUGAGGACGUGGAGGGUCUGGACAUUGAAUUUCUGAGGACAAGUAUUCAAGAGGUCGAGAGUUCGGGUGGCCACUCUGAUGCGCCGCCCGUCAAGACGAACCGCACGCGCUACCCUCGUGUGUACAAGCACAUCAUCUACGCCGUGCCCACCUUUGCCAAUCCGAGGCCUGAAGACACACAAGCAAACGCAGACGCAGAUCAUUUGCCGAACAUCCCCCCGCGCAUCGUCGACGUGGACCUGAAUCUGGACGGCGGGCUUCAGAACGACUUUGGCAACGUCGCCAGCAACAGCUCCUUUUCCAAGACCAUUGGCCCCGGUGUGCGUACCGGCUGGAACGAGGCGACGCCUGCCUUUACCCAUGCCCUGUCGUCGCUUGGCUCACAAAGCCGGGCGGCUGUCCUUCGCACAUGUCCGCGACAUUAG